AUGUUGUUUGAGAAAACCAAAUCCAAUGGUAUCUACAACAUUGUUGACCAAAACAACAUUUCGUUCCCAGUUUAUUGUGAAUUUGGUUCCGAGACUGGUAUGGCAUGGACUCUGAUCCAGUCCCACUCGUUCCAAAACAAUGGCGCGUUUACAGACAAAACAUUCUACCUGUACAACCUGCCAAUCAACCAAAAUACACCUGAAUGGAGUAACUACCGUCUGUCGAUGUCCCGUAUGAAGUCAAUCGGGAACAUCUCCACUCACUGGCGAGCCACUUGUCAUUUUCCUACAGAUGGGAUGGACUACCGGGAUUACUGGAAAGUUUCUGUAGAAAGUUUGGAUCUUUUUGUGGAGCCUCCAACACAUGACUUCUGUGUUUUCUCUGAGUUUGUCAACGUUCGUGGAAAUGAGUGCACCAAAUGCACAGUUUUCACUGCGUACUCUGACACUUACACUCUGCACAUGGACAGCUGGUUUGGCUACUCAAGAGGCUGUGAAUUUGACGGACAGCCUGGAGGAGUAUAUAACGAAGACAACUUUGGUUAUUACGGUGCAACUAACCCCGCUUUUCGCUGCACCUCGUCAGCGAACUCGACUACACAGUUCUGGCUUGGAAGUUCUUAG